AUGAUUUUCACCUCUAGAUAUAACAUUCCCAUUCCUGAGGUCGACCUCCUCACUUACAUAUUCGAUUCAUGGUCGGAGGAGUCACAACAAGCCUCGUUAGAUAAGCCUCUGUAUGUUGAAGCUCACGACUCGACCCAACAACUUAACAAAGCACAGCUCAAGCAUAUGGUUGAGUCCAUAGCUGCUGGACUGCGAAACACGUUAAAGAUACGAGACGGCGACGUUGUCUUGGGCUUUUGCGAGAACUCGAUCCUCUACCCAGCAGUAAUCCUUGCCUCAAUUGCCGCUGGGGGCGUCUUCACUGGAGCUAAUCCAACAUACACAUACUCUGAACUGGUCAAUCAACUCACCGUCUCGGGCGCCAAAUGCAUCGUCACCGAUAGCCCCCGCCUUGGGAUGGCCAAGAAAGCCGCAAAGGCUGCAGGCCUACCACCCAAUUCUUUAGUCCUCAUUAACUCCAAGGAUAGUAGCUCAGUCGAUGGCGUUUCAUCCUUCCAAAGCUUGUUAGGUCACGGAACGUAUUCUUGGGAGAGGAUUUCAGACUCUAAAGUCCUUGCAGAUAAGCCAGCCGUUCUCAACUUCAGCAGUGGCACGACCGGUCUCCCGAAAGCUUGUGAGAUCACCCAUCGAAACAUGGUCGCCAACGCGGAGCAGAAUCUGCAUCUUGACCGCGUGGCAAGGAAGCGAAAGAAUGACCCAACCUUUGCAGCCAACGACGUGCAUUUAGCUUUUCUCCCAUUUUAUCACGCUAUGGGACUUGUUACCUUUAGUAUCAUGAAUGUGAAACGAGGUUGUACCACCGUCGUGAUGCCAAAGUUCGAUCUGAAGUCGUUCCUCAGCACGAUCCAGGACUUUAAAGUAACUGCCCUGGUCUUAGCGCCCCCAGUGGCAUCUAUGCUCGUCAAGAGUCCUCUUGUUUCUCAGCACGACCUUUCUAGUGUCAAAUUCCUUGUCUGUGGAGCAGCACCACUUCAGGCCGAUGUGGAAAAGCGACUUGAGGCACUCUUCAGCAAGACAGGCGCCCGCAGCCGACAAGGAUGGGGUAUGAGUGAGGCUACCAUGUCGAUUUCGAUCUUUGGACCUGAUGAGUUUGAUCCCUCUCAUGGAAGUGUUGGAUACCUGGUCGCCAACAUGCAGCUUCAAAUCAUUGACGAGAAUGGCAAGGCUCUUGGCUACGAUGAAGAAGGAGAGGCUAUACUUGCCGGACCCAAUGUGUUCAGGGGUUACUAUAAGAACCCUGCUGCUACCAAGGAAGCUUUCACUGAUGAUGGCUGGCUCAAGACUGGAGACAUUAUCAAGAUCGAUAAGACGGGGCUGGUUACUAUCGUCGAUCGCAAAAAGGUCUGUAUUGGCAGAAACUCGCUUAUGACCCGCGCUGACAGUGAAUACCAGGAGCUCAUCAAGGUCAAGGGAUUCCAGGUCGCGCCAUCAGAACUGGAAGGCCACCUUCUAGAGCACGAUAGUGUCCUAGACUGCGCCGUUAUCCGUGUUCUACGCCCCGACUACAGUGACGGACAGGAACAUGCCCAGGCGCACAUCGUCCGGAAGAAUCCUCAUGCGACAGCCGAGUCCAUCCUCUCAUUCAUGGACAAGCGCCUAUCGCCCAUCAAACGAAUCACAGGCGGUGUUGUCUUCACCGAUGUCAUUCCAAAAUCCCCGUCUGGCAAGAUUCUUCGGCGAUUGAUCAAAGAUGGCUUUGCUAGCAAGGACCCUAGUCCUCGUCUAUGA